AGUAGGAAGAGGUGAGGCCCCGCGUGGGAGGAGAGUCAGGGAGGAGAGUGAGCCGCCCUCCCCCGCCCGCUCCCCCGCCCGCCAUCAUGGCGUACAUCUUCAUCAACGACUCGGCCCAGAUCAACGUGCCGCUGCUCCAGGCCUGCAUCGACGGCGACGUGACGUACGCCAAGCAGCUGCUCGAGAGCGGCUUCGACUCGAACAUCAGGGACAACCGGGGCCGCACGGGCCUGCACGUGGCCGCCGCCCGGGGCAACGUGGACAUCUGCCGCCUGCUGCACAAGUUCGGCGCCGACCUGUUGGCCACCGACUACCAGGGCAACACGGCGCUGCACCUGUGCGGUCACGUGGACACCAUCCAGUUUCUGGUCACCAAUGGCCUGAAGAUUGACAUCUGCAAUCACCAUGGUGCCACGCCACUUGCAUUGGCAAAGCGCAGAGGAGUAAACAAAGAUGCAAUCAAAUUGUUGGAGUCCCUGGAGGAACAAGAGGUGAAGGGAUUCAAUCGUGGAACUCACUCUAAACUGGAGAUUAUGCAGACAGCGGAAAGUGAAGGUGCCAUGGAGAACCAUUCUCUCCUGAAUCCAAAUCUGCAGAACCCUGAAGGUGUUCUUUCCAGCUUCCGAUCUACCUGGCAAGAGUUUGUGGAUGAUUUGGGCUUCUGGAGGGUUCUGCUCCUCAUUGUCGUCAUUGCAUUGUUGUCUCUUGGUAUUGCCUACUAUGUCAGUGGUGUCCUCCCAUUUGUGGAAAACCAACCUGAACUGGUGCAUUAAAAUCUGAUGACAGUUCAGCAUCACAGAGUUACUGAGUACCAGAAUACUGGCUUUGCUGGUCAGUAUUUCAGUCCCUAACAAAGUUUUGCUAACGAGAUUCAGAACCUGUUGUCUUAGUGUUUUAAGUUUGUGUAACUAAAUCUGAAUCAGUCUUUCCUUUGUUCCAGUCAGUUUUACUGGUGGUAAACAAUGAUUGCUUUUGAAAGUAAUAGCCACUAAUGUCAAGUAAUUUAGUGUGAAAGUGAUUAACAAUUUGAGUCCUGUAAUCCAAAGUAAGCAGAAAGUGGAGUUUCAAUCUGUACAUUUUCAGAGUACACAUUUUUACCUUUUACUCACAAUUCCUUAUUUGUAUUGUAUAGAUGUGGAAAAGCAUCUGCUAAAAUGUGUUUUUAUAGGUCUGUGUUGUGAAGCAGUGUUCGUAAGCCAUAAUUCUCUGAAGAGAUUAGAAAUCAUGGUUUAAAUGUGGCUUAAUUUCAGUUAAAGGUUAAAAUGUGUCAUAAAUAGGUUUUACUGUGGAUUUAAUUCCAGCACUUGUAGAGCUUGGUACAGUUGACUGAUGAACCUGAUUCUUUUUGGUGCCUUGAUAGUGUGAAGUAUUGAAUGACAAUAAUUUCUUUGUUACUCUUUUUAUUAAAAAAAAUACUAAAUGUAGAUAGGUAUUUAACUGUGUUAACUUUGUAUGAUGAUGUAUGGAACACUCUCAAUUGGUUACCAGUUAUGUAAUUAAGUUAUUUUCUGACUGUGCUGACAGACUGUUAAUUGGAUGCAAAGUAGUCACUGAUGCAAUUGACUAAUUUUUGACAACUUGUACUUGCCUGGAUAUUUAAAAGCCAGUUAAAUAGCUUUGAUUUGUGUAAGGAGAGGGAGGGGGCUGUGAUUUUUUUAAAAAAAUGCAGACCUAAGUCAAUUUAGCUUGUAAGUGGUAGUCAAAAGCACGAGUUUUAAUUGCAGCAUUAUAAAUAGGAACUGUACUUAAUGUGUUGCAAGUGCUGUAAGUGUUCUUUAGUUUGAGGCAGUAUGCAUUACCAAUGUGGUAAACUACCAAUUUUAUUUCUUAUGUUAAUGUAUGGUAUAGCUUAUUUUCCAGUUAAUCCACUGCAAUGGGAGGAAUCCCUAUUUGUACUUAAACACUAAUCGCUUGCUGUUAGAAAAUACUGUACCUUUAGUUCACAUGGUUCCUCUCUGUUUAUUACACUGUCAUAUAUUUGGAGAGCCUUUCUGAUGUUCAACAUGUUUGGCUAUAACUCAUUUAAAAAUAUAAAUAUAUAGUAACCAAAGGAAGAUGUAGGACCCAGCACCUUGGAGUAACUGUUCUCUUUUGAUGGUUGUUUCUCUUUGCUAACUCGAAUAAAGCUAUUGUGUAGCAGUCAUGUGAGGGUAGGAGCUAAUGUAAAGUUCCCCACCUGCAAAAUAAAUCUGAUGGGGAGUUACAAAGCAGAAAUUGAGUGUUCAGUUUUCUACUGAAACUCACAAAGUUGCUUCCACAGUUUCGGAUAUAAGAACUCAACAAUUGAGUCUGUGCCUUGUAACUAAGCCAUGUAGUUAACCUGGUCAUUUGCUGAAACAUCCAUGAUUAAUUAAGAGCAUUGCAAGAACAGAUUGCCUGAAUUUUCUGCAAAAGCUUUGUCAAGCAGAUGGCCUUAUGAUUAUUAACGUUACCUUGCUUGCCCCCACCCCUCCAAAAAAAAAGGAUAACACAUAUUCACCAUGAAAUAUUGAUAUGUAUACGACAGUGUCCACAAAGCAGAAAACCCCAAACUCCCUGUGGAGACGUACAUAUUUGUGCUAGUAUAGCAGUAUACUAACAAAUUAGAAACUAAGGUGUCUCUCAAAAAAUGAAUGGAUAAGGGUAAUCCUGAUUACACAGACUAUUAAAUCAAAUGUCACAAUUUUAAGAGUAUUUGUAGACUUCAGAUUUCAGAAACCAGUUAACCCCGAUAAGACGGUCUCCCAUUUCCUGUAACAUUCCGUUAACUUUUUACACCGUUUAAGCAAACACUAACAUGAGGUGACUAGCAAUUUCUGUUAUUUUUGUUAUUGCUUCCGUAAUAUUUCAAUUGUUUAAGAGGAAACUUCUUUACAAGUAAAUUGAGGAAAAUGUUAACAGGACUGAAAGUUGGCUCUUGACUAAUGGCCUAUACAUAACUAUCUGUCUUAUUUCAACCUUACAAGAAAGCAAUUCUGAGUUGCAGGUUGCAAAUUUCAUACAAUUUCUAAAUAAAACAAAAUAAAUAUGUAGCCUAAAGGCUGGAGUUUGCUGAAAUGCAUGUUUGCUGUAAUUUACUUUUUGUAUUCUUGAUUUGUAUUAUGCUGUUGUUUAAAACAUUAUGAAUGUAUCCACUACUUAAUUCUAGCCUUGUUUAUAUGAAGUAGAUUAUUUAACUUGUAUGUAAAUUGCGUUGCAACAUUGUACGUUUGUUUUUGUGACAUUAACACUUGCCUUUCUGAAUAAACAGAAAUUUGUAGGA